UCCCGCAUUUUAUACCACAGGGAAAUACCAAACGGAUAUUGCUAUGAACGUGUAUUGUUUUGCUAGACAGCUUGUGAAAUAUACAACAUCAAUCUAUAUAUACGAAUAUUACUAGGUCGGUAUUGUCGUUCCAGACAAAAUGCAUUUCAAAAUAAUUUUGGCCACAUUUACUACAUGUAUGUAUUGCUGUCUAAAAUGUGAUGUGUUUGCUACAAAUGAAACAGUUAAAUGUAAAACAAAGCUUGGAAUAUUUACUGGAACUUUAACCGAAUGUGAAUUUGAUUUUUCAAAGAGAUUUGUUAUGCGAUUUUUGAAGAUUCCGUUUGCGAUGCCACCUGUUGAUAAUUUACGAUUUAGAAGACCGAUACCGUUUGGAUUUAACGGUAACGAAACGUACGACGCAACCAGGUUCGGUCCAGCCUGCAUGCAACCUCACUACGGAGCUGACCUCUUCCAGCAGAGCGAAGAUUGCCUACAUCUGAAUGUUUUUAUACCAGGAAGAGCUAUUAAUACUCAGAGAAAAUUUGCUGUUAUGGUUUAUAUACACGGCGGAAGUUUUCUAAUCGGAAGUGGAAUAACAUAUUCAGGUGAUAUAUUAAGUGCCUUUAACGACGUUAUCGUAGUGACACUCAACUACCGGUUAAAUAUAUUUGGAUUUCUAAGUUCCGGCACAGACAACGAUGGAAAUUUGGGUUUAUGGGACAUGCGCAUGGCUAUUAAGUGGAUCCAUGACCACAUUGAUUCCUUCGGCGGGGAUAACGAACGGGUAACACUAUUCGGCAACUCGGCCGGUGGGGCGGCUGUCAUGUACCAGGCUCUUUAUCCACCAAACAGGGGCCUUUUUCAAAGGGUUAUUGCUCAAAGCGGCUCAAGCCUUUCGGGUUGGGCUCUACAAAGAAAUUCCAAGGAACUGUAUGAAAUCUUACAAAAGCAGGUGCCAUGUACACUUGAUGAAAUAUUAAGUUGUUUCCAAAAGGUUCCUGCAUCAAAGUUACUAAAAAUACACUUGGAAAUAGAAGAUGCAAAAGUUACUUUUGGGCCAUCCGUAGAUAAUGAGUUUAUACCGUAUAAUCCAGCACACUUACUAGUGAAAAAGACUCAUACAAGUAUGAAGAUUUUGGAAUUCUUCUCAGAGCUCGAUUUCAUGACGGGGAUAACUAGUAUGGAUGGAGCCUUGGAUUGGGCAUAUAGCCAUCCCAUUUCAAAUAAUAAUAGUAUAGAAGACUUUGAAGAAAGUAUUAAAAAAGAGAUUUUUUAUGAUUUCAGUAUAGAACUUUCAAAAGAUGUUUUGCAUGAGAUAUCAACACAUUAUUCAAUGUCUAAGGACAUAUCAAUGGAAACGAUGAUUAAUUUUACAACAGAUCUUGUGUUUCUGAUACCAGCUCACCUAUCAGCCAAAACACAUGCUAUGAAAAUGAACAAAGGAUACACUUUCUUUUAUGUAUUUGAUGAAACACCAUCAUUUGCACCGUACAUAAACUUUAUAGAUGGAGCAAGCCAUGCGUUUGAACUUCCAUACGUUUUUGGUUUUCCAAAAGAGAUGGAACAAUGGUAUAUGCUUAACUACGACACUACGAACUUCUCAGUUGUUUCAAAGGAAGAAUUCGAGUUUUCAAAGGUUAUCAUGAAACUAUGGAGCAAUUUUGCUAAGUUUGGGUAAGCUCGUCGUUUGACAGGGAUCCAAACAUCCAACCCUCUGGUCAGUCAGAGGCUGAUGUUCCUUACUGGCCACAGUAUAGAAACUCUGAUGAAUUCUACCUGAAUCUACAGCCAGGAAUGACCAAUUCGUCUGUUUGCCAACAUGUUGCUGGCGAGAGGACGAAACUAUUGGAAGACCUUCUAUUCAAUGACCACAAGGUGCAGGUGUCAGCAUCGAGUCCUAUUGUUAACAAUACGUUUGUGUGUAUGAUUAGUUUUUGUUUAAAUUCAUGGUUCAGGUUUUGGUAGUUGAGGUUUUAAUGAUGUUGGUUUAAACAACAUUUAUUUCGAUAUAACAUUUACAAUUAGUUUAGUUUUACAAAUUUGAGCAUGAUCAACGCUAACAAAUACCAAAUAUGUAAUGCAUUUAAACAAAGAACAUGCAAAUUAUGCACAAGACAAUAUUUUAAACAGAAUUGAGAAGAAAGCCUUAAUGCUUAUACUAUGUCUCGCUUCUGUAGGUCAUUCUAGCUGCUUAGGCUGUUGCGCAAGUUGCGGCACUCGAAUAAAUAUAAUCUUAUAGUCGUAUGGUGUCAACUAUGGUAUGUAAACUAUAAGUUGUUUUAGUCUUUAAUCAGUUAGUUAGAAGGAAGAAAGGAUAAAGGUAGAAGAAAAGGAAGGUGAAAUGAGAGGGGUGGUACAGGCACUGGUCAGAUCGGGAUCGGGAUUAGGUUUAAUAAAAUGUGUACUCAAAUACCUUUAGAUUGACGGAUAUAGUUCUGGACGUUGUCAAAGAUAAGUUUGUUCGUUUGAUAUGAUGCUUCCUUCGAUCCAAAGAGUAACAGUUGGAGAGACAAUUGACCAACGGUGGAUAACUGACCAAUCAGAUGAUUUCUUUGGACGUAUAUAAUGGACAGGUGAAGAAAUAGUAUUUCACUGAUGUUGGUUUUUAUUUUUUAUUUUGUAUUAAACCAUGAAGUGUAAACAAACAAUACGAAAAAUAAGA